GGACUCGCCUGACUUCUGGAACCGACUCUUUAGUUGAGUAUAGUAGACAUGUUCUAAAUGUGACUGGCCGUAUCGUAUCUCCAAAUGUCUUACUAGCGGUUCGUAGACUUGCUCUUCGGGUCAUAUUCUUUGAAGAAUAGCUGCAGCAUCUCCUCGCAGGGCCAAAGUGAGUGCAGUUGCCUUUUCGGUCGAUGACCAACCAAUUGCAUUCGCGGCUGCCUCAACCAGACGCCGUUAGACAUUCCAAGGUGUUGUAUAAUCAAAUUGCGGGGUCUCAUUCACAGUUAGCCAGGUGAUCCAACGGAAGCUCCAACCUCACUUGAUUUUUCCAGCGGAAGUUCACGCUGCCGUUCGUCGAUGUCCUUGACGUGUAAAGCGGCAAACUUGCUUUGCACUUCUCGCAUUCUGUCUUCCAAUGUUUUUAAAAUCCGUUUUACCAACUGGCAAGAUUUUUCGAUAAUUUUAUCUUCCAAUUCUUUUUUAUAUCGGCGGUAUUUCCCGAAAACUUCUCUUCUAAUUUGGCUGUGCUUUCGAGUAACUCCAAGAGUUUUCCUUCUAGAUCGGCACAAUUUUCCUCGAGCUUUAACCCUAGAUUAGCACAAUUUUCC